CCGAGGUCGAGCUGCUGGCACUAAUUCCACCCCUCGAUGCAGCGCGUGGCGGCUUCAACCACGAACACGGCAUCGAAAACAUGGGAGAGCUCCCAACCGUUGAUCUGUUGAAAGCGGCACACGGAGCAUCUCACCGCUAGCCAAAAUAACUCGGAAAAUAUGACUCUUCGAGAAUCGCAGCUACGCAGCCUAGUUUUUUCUGACACUUUUUGAUGCAGCCAAGCUGAAGGCUAAUUUGGUGGUUGACGGCAGAGUGGAUUUUACUAACUAGAUAUGGACUAGCGCACAGUCAUUGCUCCUCCUCCUCUAACGAUAUUUAUAUAUAUAUAAACAGUGCAAAGAUGUGAAAGGAGAGGGCCGUUGGACAUCAAGACAUUCCUAAAUUUCAACUCUCAGAAGAAGACAUUGUGGCCAUGGCGCCAGGCACCGAUAAGGGAGAAGAGUUUCUGAAACGGCCAUUAUACGUAUUCGAUCUCCCAGCAGGACUACUUGCAUCUCUAUCACAUAAGCCUACUAGCGUGCCUACCCCCAUUCCUCUCAAACCAGACGAGCGCCAUAAGACACUAGAACAAGGGGAAAGGCCCGAUGGAGUCGUCGGCGUUACGUCAUGCUCGUUAUGCCAGGUCUCCUUCCAGAACGUCCAGGAGCAAAGGGAGCACGUAAAGUCAGAUCACCACAGAUACAACCUGAAGUCACGAAUACGGGGAACUCCUGUGUUAAACGAAGUCGAGUUCAACAAGGCCAUUGGAGAGCUGGACGAGUCGAUAUCCGGGUCUGAAUCCUCAUCGGACGAAGAAGAGGAGGUUGAGGAAGGGCAGAAAACUCCUGAUACCAUACUCACUGCACUCCUUAAGAAACAAGAGAAAAUAUCAUCUACACCAGAAGCGGAUGAGAUAAUACCGAAGCAGAAAAAUAAACCGGGGAAACAUCCAUUACUGUGGUUCUCGAGCCCUUCGCUCCCACAAACGACAUCCUUGGGUAUCUAUCGAGCGCUUUUCACCAACAUAGAGCAAGAAGAACCGGACCAUUUAUUAGAGUCUCUGAAGAAUAAGCAAUACAGGGCAGCACCGUAUCAACCAAACAAAGCUUCGCACGCGAAUGAUAAAAUCAGCGAACUCCAACAACCCACCCCUCACAUUUUCCUCUGUAUGAUUGGCGGCGGCCAUUUCGCGGCAAUGGUAGUGGCAUUAACUCCAGAGAUAAUAAAGAAGCCCGGUGGAAUUGAGGAGCGGCAGGCAAGAGUACUUGCUCAUAAGACAUUUCAUCGAUACACAACGAGGCGGAAACAAGGUGGCUCCCAAUCCGCCGCCGAUGCUGCACAUGGCGCUGCACAUUCUGCAGGUGCGUCGAUCCGGCGGCACAACGAAGCCGCAUUGCAAACCGAAAUCAGGCAGUUGUUGGAGGGAUGGAAAGAAAUGAUCGACCAGGCACAAUUGCUCUUCGUAAGAGCGACAGGAAACACUAAUCGGAGAAUUCUAUUUGGGCCACACGAUGGGCAGGUGCUCAGACAGUCGGAUGCCAGACUCCGUGGAUUCCCGUUUACAACACGGCGAGCCACACAGGGGGAACUUAUGAGAGCGUUCACGGAACUAACUCGGGUGAAAGUUAGCCAUAUCGAUGAAGCGGCACUCGCGCUUGAAGCUGAAAAGCAGUGUGAAGCCCUCUCCAAAUCGCCCAAACCACCUCCACAGCAGUCACAACGGCAAAAGCCAAAAUUAUCCAGUGAGGAGGAGACAUUGUUAGUGCACACUGCCCAAAUCCAAGCUCUAAUCCGCCGCUCUAAAGUCCCCGCUUUAAUCUCCUAUAUCGCAAACAAUUCCAUCCCUGCGUCAUUCACAUUUCACACCUCUUCCCCCCAACAAACCCACCACUCCCCCACACCCUUACAUCUAGCCGCAAGCUCCAACUCCCCUGCAAUCGUCCUGGCCCUCCUCACCAAAUGUAAUUCCGACCCUACGGUUUUAAACGGAGAGGGCAAGCCACCCUUCGACCUAGCCGGCGACAGACCCACCCGCGACGCCUUCCGCGUCGCCCGCCAUGAGCUCGGCGAAACAAAAUGGAACUGGGACGCAGCCCACGUUCCAUCCGCGAUAUCCAAGAUGGAAGCGGAUAGCAGAACAGAACGUGAGAGGCAGGCUGCUGCCGACGCAGAGGCUAGCAGGCGGAAGGCUGAGGCGGAACGUUUGAAACGGGAGGAUGCGGAAAGGGCCAUCGGGAACGCGAAAAGGCAGGGCGGGCGUAUCCUGCUGGAGAAGACGGUUGCGGAGAAGCGGGAGGAGGAGAUGAGGGGAAUGACGCCGGAGAUGCGAGCGAGGCUGGAGCGGGAGAGGCGGGCGAGGGCUGCGGAGGAACGGAUUCGGAGGAUGCAGGCUGGUGGUGGUGGGGUGUGAUUGUUAGAUCUAGAGAAUUUCAUACUUAUCGUAUCCUGUGGUUGAUAGUAGCCUUUUCCCACUAUCCGCACGUAAAUGCUCGGGGAUUUACCAUCCUUACUGCGGGAGGUACGUUCUGCUAGUUUACAUGUUUCUGGAAAGAUCCAGCCCCAUUGUCAAGCGUAACUCAGCAAUUAGAAACGCACUACUUUCUCAACAGAGCACUUCAUCAAGGAAGGUUGGCGCAUAAUACCCCAUACGAAGGAUCUAACCAUCUCAACCCCCCCGAGCAAACUAACGAUUGACAAGCAUCCCGUGAAACUACAUAGCUAUCGCGAAGAACGGUUUCCUUUCUUGAUAAUGAUGAAUGAAUAUCCCUGCUGCGGGAUUGCACUUGAUGUUACCUUACCGGCAUCAUCCCUAUCCUAUCUCAAGAAGGACUUCGGUCAGACUAUUUCCACUGGCGUUUAGACGAAUAUCUACUACUCCUUGCUGUAGCUGCAAGCGGUCUCGUAUCUUGCUCUAUUCGCUUCAACCCCCACCGUCAGGAGCUGGCCAUAUUUUCUAUUUUCUAUUUUCUAUCUAUUUUCUAUUUUAU